UCAGGGAAGUGCAAAGUAUGCUAUAAUUUUUUCCCAGGGUCUCCAAGGUCGACUGCUUGACUUUAGAUCGAAAAUCGUGCUAGAGCAUAUGGAUUUUUCGUACAAAUCCAACUGGACAUGGCUCUGCAGAACUGCAAUUACAAACAUAUGCUGCUGCAGGAAAAGGCGCCACAAGCCCCGUAAAGGUUCGGAAAAGACCGGGAUGGAACCUGAACUGGGGCUUGUACCGAGCGAUGAGUUUCCAGUCGAAUGUUCUGGCUUUGAACCGGGGCUUUUACCAGAUGAACUUUCUGGCCCCUCAGAACCUUCAGACCGUUCAUUUAGGAAUGACCUGUUCAAGUGGAGGACCUUUGAUACCAGUGGAGGCUCAGAUGGACCAGCCAGUGCUGAUGCCAGUGGAGUGACUGCUACAGGUGGGCAGAGCUGUAACAGUGGCAAUGUCUGGGCCAGACAGGGGUUAUCGUGGUGGCAGAAGUGGUGGUGCACUGGCGGAAAAGGCCUUGCAGAUGAUUAGUCAAAAUAACACUUGUAACUAUGAGCUAUUUCCUGAGUUCGGUGACCUUCCGUCAAUCAACGAUGUUUAGAAGUCAAUAGACCUGAUCGAUGAGUUCUUGUUUCCACUAUCUGUAGAUUGGUUCAGUAAGAAAAUUUUCCUUCUUUCCGUAAAAAUAGGUUAUUGCCUCUAGAUCCCGUGAGAUUUUCAGUGCUUUGAUUAUUGAACUUUUGACUGUUUCUUCUUACUUUUUGAUGAAGUGUGCUUAUGGAAAGUUUAUAAUAACUCAACCAUCUCCAAUUGACUGCUA